UAUUCUUGUUCUUCUUGCUCUUGGUCAAAUGGAUUAGAAAUCAGCUAAUCCUCCCUUGCACUCUUCUUCUACUGCGUUUUAUUCUUCGUUUUCUUUGUUGUUUGUUUUUGAGGAUAGGAUAAAGUUAUAACAAGUUGAAGAACAUAGGAAAGUGCACUAAUGAAUUGUUACAAUCAAUGAUUUCUAAUUCGCGAUUGCAUGUUUUGCAAUCUUGUACGUUCAUUCAAGUGUUUAAAAUCAGUAUGUAAAGUGUUUUUUGGGAAAAUGUGUUUGUGCAAUUUCUCUGUUAUUCAUCAACACGGAGUUCUAUCAUUAGAGUAACGUAUUUAAUUCUCAUUCAAGAUUGAAGUAUCGUUUUAAUGCUAAUGUUGAUAAAUUCAUCGAUACGAUGGCGGACUUCGAUGCUAUUUAUGAAGAAGAGCUUGAAAACGAAAUGCCUCCAGAGGAGUCUUUUAUGAUAAUGACACCAGAUCCUAUAGUUGUCAGAGGAGCAGGAAACAUGACAGUAUUUGGAUUGAGCAAUCGAUUUGACACUGAAUUUCCCAAUGGUCUCGUAUCUCGUGUAGCUCCUGAGGAGUAUUCGGCAACGAUAGGACGAAUAAAUUCAGUACUCAAGAAAACCCUACCAGUUAACGCUAAAUGGUUAUUUUGCGGAUGUGUGUGCUGUUGUUGUACUCUUGGAUGUUCUUUAUGGCCUGUAGUAUGUUUGAGCAAAAGGACGCAGCAUUCGCUGAAUAAACUUUUAGACUGGGAAAAUAGUCAUUUAUAUCAUAAGCUAGGAUUACACUGGAGAUUGGCUAAACAGCGUUGUGAUUCGUCUUCCAUGAUGGAAUAUGUUUUAUUAGUCGAGUUCAUCCCGAAAAUUCCCAUUUACCGACCAGAUUAGUCGAAAUGUGAAAAAUUUAUUAGAUUAUAUUCUAGUGUUAUGAAAUGGUACUGGAAUAUGUAUUUAAAAUACAGCUCAAAUUUACGAAUAAUUAUGAUAAGUGACUUGCCAUUUUUAUAUUUUUAGUCUGACUUUAAAUGUGUAACUAUGUGCUUCUUGUUUAUUUUGGAUGCUUUUGAAGGAAAAAUUUCACUGUAUACGUAGUCUCCAUAUCAAUUUCUUCACUUUGAAUUGUUGUUCUUUUUUUAACGUGUAAAUAACAUAGUACUUGAUGUUUGAAACAUGUGUUGUAUGUAUAAAAUUAAGGCUAUUGAUGAGCCUUAUAAUACCUCGUGUAAAUAAUCGUAUUGCUGCAAUAUGAUUCGAUGAAACGUAUUUUUAAUUUUGGAUGUAAUUUGUAUUCGUUAAUUUUUUUUUUUUUGAGAUAAUUAUGUCGUAUGCAGUCUUAUUAAAUGUUUUUUCUCCUGGAAACUAACCUACUCUGAUCUUUUUAAAUGCUGUUAAUACGAUAUCGCGAAACAGAAGAAAAAAAUCGUACAACGUCCAUUGAAUUUGUUAAUUUUAUUCCUGUUAAAGCAUAUUGUGAUAUAAAAAUAGAAAGUACUUAAUUAUUCUACUUUGUAGCUUUGUAUGUGUGUAUAGUUUUUAAUAAUUAUCUCAUUGCUGCGAUAAUAUUACAAUUAAAUGUGAGCAAAAUUUCUAA